AGAAAUGGACACGAAAGUACCAUAAAUUAGCUAUUUCUGUGUGUCAAUCGCUUAAAAAUGUGGAUUGUAGCACACUGAUUUCUUAAGUGAAUUUUUGUUUGUUAUUGCACCUGAUAUGAUACGGAAUCCAGCGAAUCCGGGAUUGUUUUAUUGCAAUGGCAUGGUACCCCAGUACGCUGCUGUUAUCUAUCCACAAAUGCACAAGGUGGUGAAACGAAAAAAGAAAAAACUACAAUGUUUGCAUGGCGCCUAUCCGUACAAAAGAAAGCGUUACUCCCUUUCGUAUUACUUGAAAUAUGUUUUGUGGAGAAAGAUAAAGCGGUACUGGAAGAAACGUCGUGCAAAGAACAAGAAGAAAAAAGCUCUGAAACCUCCAGCUGUUUCCCUUGUGGGAAACAACCGUGGCAGUGAUGAGAAGAUAGAACUUAGAGACUUUUGGGGCUCUAAAUAUGGCUCUCAAUGGCUGUUUGCUAAGCAGAAAAUGCUGCUGCAGCAGCAGGAAAAACUUCAACAACAGAACAUCAACCAUAGCAAUCUUAUUGAAAUAGUGGACGCUUUUAAGACUACGGAUCUCAGGUAUUCUAAGAAACAUCAACACUCAGAUGACCAACGUACCACCACAUCACGAAGAUCUCGUCGAAGUCAUGCUGGCCAUGAAGAUGGUUUCAUUAGCAAUCCUUUAGCCACCACCAAUCCCAAAUGUCCUUGUGCUCGCCGCCAUGCCCGAUCCCGUCGAACUCGCAAAGAUGGUUUCGAGACUGAUACCAGUGACUGGUCAUUGUCCACUCUUCAGAUUCAUCAGCGGCCUUAUUCAAAGUGGCCACCUCAUCCACCUCCUGGUGCAAAACAUUGUUGUGGCCGCGAGGAACAAUUAGCCACCAUUUUAGCCAGGCAACAUGCUUAUGUGUACAAUUGGCUGUAUGUGGACCAGUUGCAAAGUCGGUGCAAGUUGUCGCUGUCUCGGGAUUAUCUUGAUCAAGUUCGGGCUCGAGUGGCCCGACUGAAAAGUGCAAAUAACCGGCGUUGUAGGAAUAGUUAUGUGUCGUCAAAAUGCAGUGACGGUGGCAGUGACUGGACCAGCACCUUGAGUCGAAGGGAAAGAGCCAAGAUGAUGAAACGGCAAAUCAGGGCCAAAGAAAAAUCAUCUGUGUUAUGGCUAUUAUCCAAAGCUUUUGAAGGUGACAUACCAAGUGAUCUAAUAGAGCCUUUUUAUAGAGAUCAUGAGAAUGUCAGGCGGUUAAAACCUAAAAUAGUGCAUUCCCUGGCCAAUGCUGAGCUGUACUGCCUUGCCUUAGUCAACAUCUAUUCUGACCCUAAUUAUCAUAACCUCGAUCACCAAGGUAUAGUACAGGUGCUGAUGAGGAAAGGAAUCAGUUUGACUGAAUCCAGGGAAGCUCCGCUCACAGAAACAACUCUGGUGCAGACUGCACCUAUUAGAAUGGGUGCUCAUAUGACUGUUAUUGAAGGUAUUAUGUCACUGUAUAUAAAAGAAGUUCUUAUUCCUGAAAAAAUUGUUCAAGUUGUAAAGAAAUUUUCCUAUGUAGAUAUCAAUAGUGAGAUGCCAUCGAAUCCAGAAGAAGCUGCUAUUUUAUGGAUAAAUAAGUGUUGUAAAGCUCUUGAACAAGAAAUAAGAACUGACUGUAGUGCCGAAGAAGAAAGUAAACUUCCAAAAAUCCCUGUUUUGCAAGAUAUUGCAGAUGUAAGUGAUGGCUGUUGCAUUGCUGCUGUAAUAAGUUUCUAUUGCCCUACAUAUUUCAAAUGGCAAGAUAUCUGUUGGAAUAAUCCCAUUAGUCUGGGUGACAGCAUAUACAACUUGCAGCUUAUAAAGAAAUUUUGUUCCGAAUGCUUACCUAAACAAAUACACUUUUUCACUUUAGAAGAUUUACUCUAUUUACACCCAUCUAUCAAGGAGAAUGUUUUAGGUUUUAUUGCAGAUCUUUUAUACAUGUUUGUCAUAUAUAAAGCAUCUUGUGUUACCCAAAGGAAAAAAACUGUGGUUCCAGAAUCUAGUCAUAUACCUUUAGAAAGUUCAAAGUCUUUAAGCAGCUUCCAAAGUCAUAAAACUCCAGCACUUUGUAGUCCUAUACCAAAUUUAAGGUCUGAGUCAUAUGGUGGUUCUACUACAAGUUUGCCAGAUAUUAGAACUGGGGGUCGUGCAAAAAAUUCAGGGAGUAAAGAAAAACUUUGUGAGAAAGUUCUCACGAAAAAGUCAAAUUUCUCUAAUGAUGAAAUUGGAACAAAUGAGUUGCAGAGGACCAAUUCAGUGGGUGUUGUUAAUGGUUGGAAAACAACUACUUUACCACAUGUGAGCUCAACUGAUUCAGUGGGUAGUGUUCCAAGAAACAUUAGCUCUGAAAUUCCAAGACUUCCAGCAGAGGGUGAAAGUGCUAGCAGUCAUCAAUCACAACCCUCUAUUUGCAGUACUGAUGAUAAUGGCUUACCCAAAAAUAUUACUCCCACUUCUAGAACUCCCCUAUACUGCCAGGGAUCUCCUCAGAGAGAAUCCUUGAAUUAUGGACUUAGAAAAUAUAGUGAAAGUAGUUUACAUGGUCUGCGCUCUUCUGGUGAUGGACAUGUAAAUGGUAUACAUGAGCAAAGAAAAGGGCGCAGAAAUAUGGAAGACUAUUAUAAUCAACUUGCUGGUGUAGAUGGACCGAUGAGAUCUAUUUCAGCUUCAAAUAUCACAGAGAGCAAUAGAAGAAAAUGCUCUUCAAAUAGUCAUGGUGCUGAAAGUGUUCCUGAAUCUUCUAGUUCACAAAGCUCAGGAAUUUGUUUAAGUGAUGUUGAUGUUAAGAAUACCUUUUCGACAACGAGUUUUGCGCAGUUAUCAAAGUUAAGAGACUCUAGUAGUCAUCAUUCCAUUAAUAUUGUAUACAUGCCUCAUGAAAGGGAAAUGCUAGAGAAAGAUAAACUUGUUUCUAAAGGAUCCAGCUCUGGUAAGAGAUCAGAUGGAGAAGCAAAGAAAACAACUUUUGCUGCAUUACCCAAUACAACUACAUGGCAACAACAGCAUGCUGUAAGUUCCAACUUUCCCCAAACAGACUCUGGUCAUGAAACCCCUACAGAACCUGUAGACCAUGCACUCAAUUCUCAAUUAUGUAAUAUUAAAAUGAAAUUGGAAGACAAGAAGAGAAAGAUUGAGUUAAAGAAAAAGCGUAUGGAAAUGCUUUGGAAAAAGCAAAGACAAAAAUUAGGUAAAGCAGCAUUUCUCCAGGCUGUCAGCAAAGGGCAGAACAGUGAUGCUGGUACUCCAGAUAGUGGUACUGGCAAAGAAGUUGGUGAAGCAGACAUUUCCCUUCGAGAAACUGUGCUUCCAGUUCGUAAUUCACCAUCUAUGGUAAAACGCAUGUCAAUGCAGGAGAUAGCUGCAGACUUGGAUAGUAUGCAAAAGAAAUGGCUAAACCAAACUGACAUAUCAGACCAAAUUUCAAUUCAAGAUGAUAUUAUGGAAAAAAUUGAUGCUGGUAAUGAAACUGUAAAUAUUGAUCUUCAGACCUCAAUUGAUCACCUUAAUACUAGUCUUACUGAUUUGCAGUUGGAUAUAUCUCGAAUAUCGCUUCAACAAGAACAGGUAGAGAAUCUUAUGAAGGACAGCAUUGAUGAUUGCUCUCACUUUUUCCUCCAUGAUCCAUCAACAAAUGAGAAAAGCCCUGAAUCUUUACACAGGCCUAUGAAUUGGCACUUUGACGAACCUACUUUGCCUUUGAAACAAGGUCUUCCAUCUCCUCAUGUUGAUGGACACAAUUUGCUGCGCAAACAUCCAACAGAUUUUGAUACUCCAUUUUCCUCUUUACCUCAGACUUUUAGCCCAGUGAAAGUAAUACCAAAAGAAGAAUUGUAUUCCAAAGUCAUCAAACCAGAAAGGCAUCAAAGGCAGGCUGUGCCUGCUACCAAGACAACAAUCUGCAGGCAAAAUCAACCAGUUGAAACACUUGCAGCCAUAUCAAAUGUCGAGCCAAUUAAAAGACCUGUAAAAUCUAAAGCAGCAAAUGAAAUUCAUGUUGUAUUACCUCAAGUGCCAGAUAAUAAACCUAAUGACAUUAAUAAAGACAAAAAUGUGACUGAUGAUAAACAAGGUUUUUAUAUACCUCUUGAAAAAGAAGUGAGAAAACCAAAGCCAAGGCCACAAAGGAAUCUUAAAUCUGGAGAGAAUAAUCCUGUGCCAAACUCAUUGUCUGUUAAAAAUGUGCCAACUAAAGUCAAAGAAGAUACCAAUUCUCUUGGUUUUGUCAUUGGUGCUGAUUUGGUGCAUCCUGAUCCAAAUGCAGAAACAGAAAUGGCCCGCAAAAAGGAAAUGAUUAUGAAUUUGUCAAUUCAAAGGAAAGCUGAAUAUGAAAGGCGGAGGGCCCAAAAAGAAAAAGAGUAUGAGAAAAUAAAAGAAGAGGAAAUGAGGAAACAAGAAGAACAGGAACGAAAGCGUGAAGAAGAAAAGAGAAGAAGAGAAGCAAUUCUAGAACAGUACAGACAGCGGAAGUUGAGAGAAGAACUUGAAAAGGAAGGAGCUUUGCUUCCCAAAGAGACGGUUGGGAAGUUUUCUUCUAAGUCUAGAUCAAGUGUCAAUCCUGAGAAAAGAAGAGAUCACAGGCUUAGUACAAACUUUACUAAACCAACAGUGGAGCUUAGAAAUAAUUGUACUUCAAAGCAAUUCAGGAGAGAAUCCAAGCCCAGGCCUAGAUCUGCAUACAUUCACAUGAAUAGUGAUUUAUCAUCUUUAAUAUCUUUGGAUAAUGCUGCUAACAAAAGAAAUUCCCAAAUUCUUACAAGUCGAGAUGUACAAGAUUUUGACCUGGAUUCCUUAAACAGUGCAAGUACCUCAGCUUCUUCUCACGAUAGGAACAGGAGUCCCAGCAAUUGUUUUUCAUCUCAUAGAAAUGCAAAUUUGCAAAUUCCAGAGGGGAGUGGACCAUCUAGUGAUGGAGCUUCUGACACUGCUUCCAAUGGUUCUUCUGCAGCAGCUGGUGAUUACACAGGACCGAAGCUUUUUGUGAAACCAGCAGCAAAAUCAAACAGAGGGAUUAUAAUAAAUGCAAUUAACACUGUAUUGGCUGGAGCAGUAAAUGAAGAAACUAAAAAGAAAGUUUUAGAGGAAAUUAACCGAUCAGAAAGCAAACAUUUCUUGAUACUCUUUCGUGAUGCUGGAUGUCAGUUCAGAGCACUCUACACUUAUAAUCCAGAAAGAGAAGAAGUCAUUAAACUUUACGGUAUUGGACCAAAAAAUGUCACUGAUAAAAUGAUGGAUAGAUUUUAUAAGUACAAUUCAGGUGGUAAAUGUUUUAGUGAAAUACAGACAAAGCAUUUAACUGUUACCAUUGAUGCCUUUACGAUACCCAACAGUUUGUGGGCUGGUAAAAAAUUGAUUCCUCCUAGGAAAGAAUUCUUCUGACUUGAUCAAGACUUUUUCUCAAUCUUAUUCUGCUGGAAUAAAAUAUUAUGCCUUAGUCUGUUUUGUGCCAAUCAUAAAAUAUAUUGAAGUCAAUAGAAUUGAUGGGAAACAAAAACACUGGCGAUUCCUGAUAAGCUGGAUCUGUCUGUUAACUAAUAUUAGCAGUGCUCGUUGAGUGCUGUAGUGUUGAUAACACAUCUGAGCGUGUGUUGUAAAAUACGGUCUGUACAGUUGAAAGCUUUUAUACUGAUAUUUCCUUUUCUAUGUCAGCUUAUGUUUUUAGUAAAUAAAUGUUUUGUACAUUGUCUAUGAGGCCAUUCGAUGCUGAUUGUGAGUGAAUGCUGCUAAAUUUUAGAGGAGUUUUCUUUAAAACUCUUCCACUUGCAAUUUGGUGCUGUGUGUUAAAUUUAAUCUUUUUGUAUAUUUAAGGCAAAAUAAUUUUUCUUACUAACAUGUGAUAUGUUUUGAUUGAUGGUAAUAUUUUCUCUUUUAAUAUUUUGAGUACUUUUUUAAUUUUUCGUAAUCAAAAUAUAAAAGUUUGGUUUGAAUGUCUUAAAUGUCUGAAAGAGUGAAAUUGUUGCAUUAGAUUGAGAAAUACAGCUUUUAUAAAUAUUUGCUUAUUUUUUACUGAUAGCUAGUCUUGGCUAGAGAUUUUAGAAGUCAUAUAAUAAUAGUAAAAAGGUGGAAAUUUUAAUUUUAAGAUUGCAUAUAUUUUUACUGUAUUUUAAGUUAAAUUUUUUAGUAAAAAAAUGUAUCCAAAUCAGUACGAAAAAUAAAUCUGAUUAUUUUAUAUUUUUUUUCAUCAUAAUUACAAUAUUAUUUCAGAGCAGAGAGGAAAUUGUAAUUUUUGUUUCAAAAAGUAGUAUUUGAUUUCAAGUUUUUUUUAAAUCUUGAGGGGUUUUUUAUUUCUCAGAGUAUUUUUUCCCUUUACUUGUUUUGCUUGCUACUCUUUUUAAAAAAUGUGAUAUGACUAUUGAAAUGAUAACUUUAUCAUUCAAGCUAUUUUUUAUAAGGGUUGUUAAAAUCUUUCUGUAAUGUCUUUACACUGAAACUUAAAUUUUGUGAUUUAAGAAUAUUUAAUGUUGUAAUUUAUUUGGUUUUAUACAGAAGUAUUUUGAUUAGAAUCAGCACUUGUAUGAGAUAUUAUUUUCUUUUAUUGCUUGCUAUUUUCUAUUUUCAACCUUGCAAUUUAAAUGUAAUAAUUUUAAACAAGUAACACUUCUAAUUUUUUCUCGUGAAAUUUUCAUAUAUGAAUAUAACGUUUAUUCAAAUUCUUUAUUCUCUUUUGUAUUAUUACCUUAUACACACUUUUUUUAAACAAUAAGUAAGUUUUUCUGUCAGCAGACUUGAUAUUUACAUAUCAGAUAUUCUGAGUUACUAUCUUAUAUGUCUUUGGACUUAGCAAAAAGAAAGUCUUUGCCAGGCAUGUGAAAACAUGAAAUUACAAUAAUAAUUGCCUAUUUUGAAACAUUAUAACCUGUAGCAGCUCUUAAUAAACUGUGUCUUAAAAGGGUGUUUUAGGUCAUGAGAAAAAUAAGUGAGGUUAUAUAUGUAAAUAAUAAUCAUGCCAAAUUCAAAUGCAUUUUUAUUUUCAAAUGCAUUUUUUUUUAUUUGUACUAAAUAAUAUUUUAGAUUUGUUGUAUUUUUUUUUUUUUUAAGAAGCCUUUAUAGAGUUUGUGCAGCUUAAAUUUAUAUUACUAUUGAAAGAAAAAAACAACUUAUUGUUAUGUAGGUAAUUUGUAGAAUGCAGUAUUAAUUGUUCUUGUUGAUCUAUUUUUUCAUAUGUCAUCAGAAUUAUAAACAUUUAGUCAUGUUAUUUCUGAAAAAUAUUUAAUCUCUUUGACCUGAAGGUUGCUAAUGUAUUGAUAUCUAAAUUGUCAUAAUACUCAAAAAAAAUGUGAUACAUGAUUUAUUCUAGUUGCAGAAUAAAACAUGAAUGUAUGAAACAAUAUAAACUUUUUUCAUGUGAAAUCUAUGAAGGAAUUUUACUUGAAAGCUGUUUAUUUAAAAACAUAUUUCUAAAAUAAUCUCAUUUCAUGUUAUCAUAAGGGAGAAAAAAGUUAUUAUAGACAUAUGUUUUGUAUAUUAAUUUAUUUUAUCAUUAAUUUAUACCUGAAAUUAACAAUAAUUAUUAACUUAUCCAGUAUAUUUUAAAAGCAAAAAUGAUUACUCCAGACAACUCAGUUUGACUAUGUAUAAAAAGCUAUAAUGAUAGCAUCAAUAAUAUAUAGAGUUUCACUUGUUUUAGGAAUCAAAUGAAUCAGUUUUGAAUAAAGAGUUUUAAUAUCUAGGAAUAUCAAUAAUUGGUGUUUGAAACAAAACUAUCUGUAAAGGUAUUUGCUAUUUUUAAAUCUGGGGUAUCUUAAUAUUUCAUUGUCAUGCUUCACAGCUAGGUUUCAGGCAGUUUAAAUCCAGCAGAAUUUUUAAAUUUGGUAUGGUAUACUGAUUUUUGGAUACAGCUUUCCUUUUUUAUCAGUAUCGAAUUUUAUUAUUAUUUAGAUAUACGCUGUGUCAUCAUUAAAACGAGAAAAAUUCAUCACAUAGCUUUCUCUUUACAGUCAGACUUGAGUUGUCAGGGAUUGUUUUAUGUUUCUUAGAAUUCUAUUGUAUUUCCUAUUUAACUUCAAAAAUUAUCAUCCCUGGACACAUAAUUACAGUUGUGUACUGAUAAGUGGAAUCAAGAUUUGUUAAUAUUGUUUUUGAGAAAUGAAUAUUUUCACCUAUUGAUAUUAUUGGUCUUAAUCAGCAAAAUAAAUAUAUUUUAUUUGUUUCUAAAAUUAAGCAGCAUUUUAUUAAAAAUAUAUUUAUUCAUAUUUUUUUUGCCAAAUAUUAUUUUUUGAUAGUUUGUUAUAUAUGUUUUAUUGUAUUAUAAGAAAUAUUUUAUAAGCUGCUAUAUUAGUUAGUUUUAGGCAGUCGAAGUCUAAUUUUAUUAUUUGCCAUUUUGAAUUUCUUGAAAAUACUGCAGAAAGUUAGAAAAAAAGUUUUAAACUACAUUACAUUUUUAGCUUUGGCAAUAUUAAUAUUCAUAAUUAUUUAGCAAAAAGAUUCCCAUUCUUUAGAUACAAAAAUAUCAUAUACACAAAACAUAUUUGUAUUCCUAAUUGCUGCUCAGUAUAUUUAAUAUAGAGCUAAAUAGUUAAUAUAAAAAAAUCAAUAAAAUUUAUUUAUUAUUUUUUCUCCAUACAAAAGCUUAUUUUCUUAAUACAAGUUGUAUGUAUUGCAAUGAAAACUUCCAUAUGGAGUUCAGCUACUGCUGUGAAGUGCAUAAAAUGCUUUGUCAGUGUCAUAUGUAAAUAAAAAUCUGUGAAUAUAGAUGUUGAAGUGUCGUAUUUUACGCAUGUGUGAAAUAAGACAUCGAAUUAAAGAGAA